UAGCUGUUGCCACAGCAACCGAGUUGGCGUCACCACUCUCUACUUUCAAAUUCAUGACUUCGCGUUUCUUCUCGAGGUUUCAGGCUGAAAACUCGCACAUCCUCGACGGAGACAUGACGACAUGUCCGUGAGGAAGAGCUCCCUUUACGUCUCUGUCCGUUUGUCGGGGUUGUGCAUGUCCGAGUUGCCGCGGAGCUGGACCUGAGGGGUUGGAGUCAUCACCGUGUCCGUACGUUUGUUCCCCAGCGUCGGCCAACAUGGCUGAGGAUGACAGCGAGUGGAUUAUAGAGAGUAUCGUCGGCUACCUGGGAAGUCCCGAAUGGGUCAUCCCAGUCACGGACUUUAUGGAGCACAAAUGUACAGUUUUUGAUGACGAGGAUGAAAACAAGCUCUCAUACACAGAAAUCCAUCAGCAGUAUAAGAAUCUUGUGGAGAAACUGCUGGAGAAUUAUAUGCAGGAGGUUGGCAUCAACGAGCAGCAGUUCCUGGAUGCAUGCACCUCUCCCUUUGCCAGGUCUCAAUCUUUGCAGGACAUGUUCCAGCCAGUUCUGGCUACGGAUGACUUCCAGGUGUUUCGCUCGCUGAUGGUUCAGAAGAACAUGGAGCUGCAGCUCCAAGCCCUCAGAGUCAUUAAAGAAAAAAACGGGGCCCUACCAGAGUGUCUGACCGAUGGGGUUGACGUGAUGACCGAGUUGGAGCAGGAAGAGAUGAAAAUCCUGGAGGAAGUCCUCAAGAAGUCAAAGGAGGAGUACGAUGUAGAGAUGUCCAGGAGGCUGCUGUUAGACAAGAAGACCGGCUCCACUUCCAGCAGGUCCUCAGAUAAACCAAACCCAGGAGGCGAUGAGGCUCGAGAGGCCAAACUGAGCAACUCUUCCAAACGCACACCAGACUCUGGCAGUAGCAGCAUCCAGCCCAGAGUGCUGCCAGCCGUGCGAACUCCCACAAAAUCCAGCAAGUCUUCCAACGCCAACAUCCGUCAAACCGCGGAGCAGAGCGACAGCAGGGAGGCUGCGGCCGAGGCCUACCUGGAGGAGGCACACCGGGAAGCGGGUUUCUCCAAGCCAUACACGGAGCUUCUGCCGUCACAGCAGGAGCAGCUCCAGCAAAGGGCAGCGUAUCUGCGUCAGCAGCGAGACAAACUGCACGCCCUGAAGAAAGAACAGCAGAAAAUCAGACAGACGGCCACCCCGGAGGAGACACCAGGCAGCCCUACACCAGCACCAACCGCCAACUCGGAGGCAGAGGGAGAGCCCCAGAUGAACGGGGCCAGCUCCCCUCCUCCUCCAUUACACCCCUCGACUAACUCCACCAAACAGAAGGAGAUAUCUGCUGAGGAAAAGAAGAAGCUCCAGAAGAGAAAACAUCUGGCUGACAAGCUAAAGGAGGAAGUCAUCAAGAAAUAAUAACAGACGCAAUAAGUUA